CAUUCGUCACUCACUCACACCCUGGAUUGGAGAACUCUGAACUCUGAAGCAAAGGGAACCCUAGCCCUUCUUCGCCGCCGCCGGUCCCAGGUCGUCAGCGCCGCCGCCGUCCCCAGGUCAGCGCCGCCGCUUCUUCCUCUUCCCCGUGUCCAGAACCCAGUUGCUCGGCACGUCCUCUUCAUCUUCGCUGGGUUCACGGCACAGAACCCAGAUUGCUGCACUAAAUCAAUUGAGAAAUAUAUUUGGAAUUUUGGAUUGGACAAACGCGAAGCAGAAGCCAUUUCACUAGAUGUUAGUUUAGAAGAAGUCAUUUUGGAGUGAAAUCAGUUUUACAUCUUAUUAAUUUGGUGCUUGUUGACUGUACUAGAUUAGCAGGAAAAUCUUCGCCAAAAGCUAUAAUUAUAUUUUAGGAUGUAUAUUUAUAAUUUAUUUAUUAUUUUAUUCUAAAACGGUUUUUUCGGUUGAACCACGAUUAAACCGGUUAGACCAGUAAACCAGUGAACCAGUGACUUGAGCAGUUCAAUGACCGGUCCGGUUUUCAGAACCUUGAUAAUUAGCUUUGCUCAUUGCUGUUGUACUGUGAUGUACUCUGUUUUGUUACUUUUAUUGUGUGCUGUGCUGAAAAAAAUUGUGCUGAAAUUGUCCUCAAAACCUAAAAUUUUGAUAAUCCUUGUUAAUCUUUGGAAAAGUUUGUUGCUGCUGCGUAAUAUUUUAUUGUGUUAUUGUGUUUUAAUUGUUGGUGUUGUUGCCGAGUUACUUUCAAUUGUUCCUGUUGGUGUUGUUGCUUUAUUUUUAAUUUUAAUUGGUGGUGUUGUUUUAAUUCUAAGUCAUUCAAUUUUUCUGUUAGGUAUUAUGCCUCUAGCUUUAUUUUAUUGUCAUUCAUCAAUGAUUAAUUGAACUCUAAUUCAUUUUAUUGUCUCUAAUUCAUUUGUCUUAGUUUAGGGUGGGAUAUAUGAGUUUUUAAAUAUGGUGAUAUGGUGAAAAAGUUUUAUUUAUCUGAGUUUUCGCAAAUGUUCCACUAUUUAUCUGAGUUUUGCAAAUACUAGACAUUAAAGCUUGAAUAAUAUUUUGAUGUUUGUAAUUUUUAGGGUGUUUAUUUAUAAUUUAUUUUUUAUUUUAAUAUAAAACAGUUUUCUCGGUUGAACCACGAUUGGACCAGUAAACCAGUAAACUAGUGACCAGAACGAUUCGAUGAGCGGUCCGGUUUUUAGAACCUUAUUCUUUUCUGUUUUCCCUGUUUCACUUUUUAUAAAAUUUCAAAUGUAAAUAAAACUUUUAUGUUAAUUUUGUUUUGUGUCUAUUAUAAAAAUAUAUUAAAUUUGUUAAUAAAUUAAUAUAUUUUUAUAACAAUAAACCCUGGUGGGCAUAAUUCGAGGGGUUUUGCGACAUUUCAUUUCAAAACCCUUUCACUGUAAAGCCACUGUCAGCGACAGAUGCAAUUGCCUGCUGCGGCGGCGCGUGCGCCCACAUGGUUUUCCACGCGCCGCCUUCUCGAUGAAAAGCUCUCCGACCUCCACCGCUGCUCAAACCUCAACACCGUGAAGCAAAUCCAAGCUCAAGUCCUCAAGAAUGACCUCCACCAAGACCCUUACGUCGCACCGAAACUCGUCGCCGCCUUCUCCCUCUCCCGCCACCUCCCCUCCGCCGUCAACGCAUUCAACCUCGUAACCAACCCAAACACCCACCUCUACAACACUCUCAUCAGAGCUCAGGCCCAAAACAAGGCUCACCCUUCCGUCGCAUUUGAAACCUUCUUCCAGAUGCAGAGGAAUGGUGUUUUUUCAGAUAGCUUCACCUACACGUGUCUGUUGAAAUCUUUUGACGGUUAUAGCUGUUUUCGGAUGGUGCAGAUGAUCCACACGCAUGUGGUGAAGUUUGGGUUUUUCGGGAGUGAUAUAUUUGUGCCGAACUCGUUGAUAGAUUCAUAUUGUAAAUGUGGGGGUGCUGGAAUGGAUGCGGCAAUUCGGUUGUUUUUGGAGAUGGAGGAACGGGAUGUGGUGACUUGGAACUCUCUGAUUGGUGGGUUGGUGAGAGGUGGUGAGUUUGAGAAAGCCUGCAAGGUGUUUGAUGAAAUGCCUGAGAGGGAUGUGGUUAGUUGGAACAUCAUGUUGGAUGGGUAUGCUAAGGCUGGGGAGAUGGGGAAGGCGUUUGAGAUGUUUGAGGGAAUGCCCGAGAGGAAUGUUGUGUCAUGGGCUUCAAUGGUUUGGGGUUAUUGUAGAGCCGGGGAUAUGAAUAUGGCGAGGAUGUUGUUUGAUAAGUGUCCUGGGAAGAACUUGGUGAUUUGGACCACUAUGAUAUCUGGGUAUGCUGAGAAGGGGCUUGUUAAUGAGGCAACAAAGUUGUAUGAUAAGAUGGAGGGAGUUGGGAUGAGGAUUGAUGAUGGGUUUCUGAUAAGUAUUUUGGCUGCAUGUGCCGAGUCUGGAAUGUCUGCGUUGGGGAAAAGAAUUCAUGCUUCUGUUGAGAGGCGGAGGUUGAGGUGUAGCACUAAGGUGUUGAACGCAUUCAUCGAUAUGUAUGCGAAGUGUGGUUGUGUGGAUGUUGCCCUUGGUGUCUUUAGUAGGAUUGAAAAGAAAGAUUUGGUGUCUUGGAAUUCCAUGAUUCAAGGGUUAGGCAUACAUGGACGUGGUGAGAAAGCACUUGAGCUUUUCACGAGGAUGGUACAUGAGGGUUUUGAACCGGACAAAUAUACGUUCAUUGGUCUUUUAUGUGCUUGCACCCAUGCAGGCCUUGUCAAUGAAGGGUGUAAUUACUUCUAUUCAAUGGAGAAAGUGCAUGGGAUUGUUCCUCAAGUUGAGCACUAUGGUUGUAUGAUUGAUCUUCUUGGUCGAGGGGGAAACCUGGAGGAAGCUUUUCAGCUUGUGCGCAGCAUGCCUAUGGAGCCAAAUGAAAUAGUCUUGGGAACUCUUUUGGGGGCUUGUAGAAUGCAUAAUGAUGUAGAUCUUGCAAAAGCUGUGUGCGAACACUUGUUUGAGUUGGCACCACUGGAUCCUGGAAAUUUCAACCUUUUGUCAAACAUUUAUGCUCAAGCAGGGGAUUGGGUGAAUGUUGCUAGUGUAAGGUGGCAAAUGAAGAACACAGGAAGCCAAAAGCCUGCUGGAGCUAGUUCCAUUGAGGUAGAAGAGGAAGUGCAUGAAUUUACAGCAUUUGAUCAGUCACACCCUAAAUCAGAUGAUAUAUAUAGAAUGAUUGACAGAUUGAUAAAGGACAUUAGGCAGGUUGGAUAUGUUCCAAAGGCUUAUGUCAGCCGAAGUGAUGCUUAUAGUUUUAACUUUUAAGGAAUGAAUAUGAUGAUUUAAUUGUA